AAAAUAUAUAAAACCAAGAAAGACGAAAUUUCUUCUUUAUGGUCGAACGGUACAAAAAUCAAACUCGAUCCAAUCCUCUCCCCGCAUCGUCACGCUUCCUCUAUUUCUUUUUCUCUCGCGAUUUAUCCUCUUUUCAUUUGUUUGCCCCUCUUUCUUUCUUCACUCACUUUCUCUCUCUAGAUUCCGAAGAGGCCUGCUAGGGUUUUUGUGAGGGAGUUACCAGAGAGAGAGAAGAGUGAAAAUGGGGCAGCAGUCGUUGAUCUACAGCUUCGUCGCCCGAGGAACGGUGAUCUUAGCCGAGUACACUGAGUUCACUGGAAAUUUCACCAGCAUAGCAUCGCAGUGCCUUCAGAAACUUCCGGCCACGAACAACAAGUUCACCUAUAACUGCGAUGGUCACACUUUUAACUACCUCGUCGAAGACGGCUUCACAUAUUGUGUUGUUGCUGUGGAAUCUGUUGGGAGACAGCUUCCAAUAGCUUUUCUGGAGCGGAUAAAGGAGGAUUUUACCAAGAAAUAUGGCGGUGGGAAAGCUGCUACUGCUGUUGCUAAUAGUCUUAACAGAGAAUUUGGGCCCAAACUGAAGGAACAGAUGCAAUACUGUGUGGAUCAUCCAGAGGAGAUCAGCAAGCUUUCAAAAGUAAAGGCUCAGGUUUCAGAAGUCAAAGGGGUGAUGAUGGAAAACAUUGAGAAGGUUCUUGAUCGUGGAGAGAAGAUUGAGCUUCUGGUUGAUAAAACUGAGAAUCUUCGAUCUCAGGCACAAGAUUUCAGGACACAGGGAACCAAGAUGAGGAGGAAAAUGUGGUUACAGAAUAUGAAGAUAAAGCUUAUUGUCCUGGGCAUUAUCAUUGCUUUGAUUCUUAUUAUUGUGUUGUCCGUGUGUGGUGGCGUCAAAUGUCAUUGAUUUGGUUGUGCUAUGGUUUUUGUUAGGCUGGUGAUUGACGGAGAACUUGUGCUGCUUUCUUGAUAUCAUAACAUAGCGUUAUGUUUACGUAUAAAUUUUUGGUGGCCCUUGCCUACCCAUUUGAUAGGGAUGGUACUCUGAGACAAUGCUUGUAUAGUCUGUAUUUCUGAAUUCGUUGAAUAUAUUAGAAGAGUCCGGAAUGUUUUCAGGAAAAAUAUGAUGAUGGUUCAUGCGCCUGUAUUUUUGAAUUUAUUGCGUGCUCAUGGUAUCAACUAAAUAAUUACAAUGCUUGCG